AUGCGCAAGUGGCUCGGAACAUUUUCCACUCCUGAAGCUGCUGCCCAUGCAUUCGACCAAGCUGCUCGGGAGCUCCGCGGGCCCCGGGCAAAGACGAUUUUUCCACUGCCUGAGGAGCAGGCGGGCAAGGGUGGAGAGAGGGAUUGUGACAGGGAGACGGCUGUAAGGAGAAAGCCCUCAAAACGAGGUGUAAACGUUGAUAAGGAUGAUGGAAAUGUGGGUGGGAUGUGCCAUGGUGGUGUGGGUGGGGAAGGGUCGUCAUGCCCUAGAAAUGAUGCACCAGUAUGGGAAGGGUCUUGCAAUGUCAGCAUGAAUGGAUCAGUAUCAAAAGGGGAGCCGGGUUCUGCGAGGAGUGUGAAUUGGAAGGAGAAGCGGUAUCAAGAGCAGGGCAGAGAAGAAGCUGAGGAGAGGAGUGCGGAGGGGAGUGGGGAGGACAAUGAUGGAGGGGAGGAUGGUAGGAAGGAUGGAAGAAAGGAUGAGGACCAUUAUGCGCGUGGAUGCUUCAUGAAUUUGAUUUCAAGCGAAAGUGUGUGUGAAGACGCAGGGAAGACAUGCUUGAUGGCCCUCGACUCAAGAGAGAGUGCAUGUGUACCUGCAGGGUAUUCCAACAGAGCAGCAUGGGCAUGUGAUUUUGCUGAACCAGCUUACCCUUCUCCUGCCAACCAUAAGAUCACGGCUCUUGGCACCCAGCUUGCCCCCCCUGUAGCUCCAGAGAUCGCACGUGGAAAGCGUUUGCUGCAAGAGCAGGAAAUCGUAAUGGGGGGAGCGGUGGAUCAAACGGCGUUGAUUCGGGAUGCCCCUAAUGCCCCAGAAGUUGCAUAUGGAGAGCUAUUGCUGCUUGGGGAUUCUCUGGAAGAGGCACGGGUCACGGCAGGAGCAAGCAAUCUGGCACUUCUGAUUGGGAAUAGCCCUGAUGGUUCGGUGAUGGCAGAUGGAGAGCGUUUGCUGUUCGGGGAUGCUCUGGAAGAGGGACCGGUAACGGGAGGGGCAAGCAAUCUGGCAGUGGUGAUUGGGGAUGCUCUGGAAGUGGCACUGGGCGCAGGAGGAGAAGAUGACCGGGCAGAGCUGAUCGGAGACGAGCCUGAGUUCCCAAAUGACUUCUCAAACGAUUUCCCAAAUGGUCACCAUAACAGGAUGCCACUACACGCAGAUGAAUUUGGGUGUGCCGGGGACAGGAAGCUGGCAGGGCAGUCUGAAGAGACAGGGGAGGAAAGGGAGCGUGGGGGGAAGUCAAGGAAGGAAGGAGAGGAAGUGGUGGAAGGGGAUGCAGAGUGGAAUGUGGUGCUGAGUCACAUGGAGGAGGUUGCUGCUGCUGCGUCUUCUGAGUCAGGCAAUGCUGGGGGGGUCACUGUAGAAGGUGUGCAAGCAGCAGGUGCUGCAGCCGAUGAUGUAGCUUAG